AGAGUUUGAAAAGAAGUCUUUGAUGACGAACGUUCUCGUCGCGUGAAGUCCAUCGUGCUCGCCGAUUUAUGACAUCGAAUUUUGCUUGAUUCGUUGUAUUGGGGCAUAUUUUGUAAUAUUUGGGUCCGAAAGCGGACAGAAUAACUCCCAAGCAUUAUCUUGAUCUGAGUUUUCGACUGACAUCAAAACUUUGAGAAAUGGAUAACCCUACUAAGAUUGGAAUCCAAAUCAAUUCCACUGCUGGAGCAAUUCCUCUGAAAAAUGAAAAAGGUCAGGUGUACAUGCAGAAGGUGAAGGUGCAGCGCUAUGUCACCGGAAAGCGUCCCGACUAUGCUCCCUCCUCGGACGAGGAGUAUGCCUCUGAGGACGAGUUCGUGGCCCAGCAGCAGGCGCCGGCCACGGACGAGGUGGAGCUCACCGAACAGGAGCGAGAGGACCCGCGUCUGCGCCGACUGCAGCGGCUCCAGCAGCAGCGACAGCAGCAAGAGGAGGAGGAGGAGGAUAAGGAGCGAGAGGAGGGGGAUGAUGCCGCGGCAGAGUCGGACGCCAGUGACUCGGCGCCGCGCAGACGCGUGCACGCGCCGGAGCUGGUGGAGGAGAGCGAUGAGGACGAGGACAUGGAGGAGGAGCAGCAGCGACGGCGCGUGUCCUCGGACGAGGAGUCCGACUCAGAUGAGGAAGAGGACCUCGACGACGACGAGAUCGUCAGAAAGCGAGAGAUGCUCCGGCAAAAGGCCCUGGCCAAAGCCAAGAAGGAAGAGGAGCUGAUGGAAGUGGAGGAGGAGAAGAAAUCCGAGGACGAACAGGAGGAGGAAGAGGACAGCUCCGAGUACGAGGAAUACACGGACUCAGAGGAGGAGACGGGACCGCGGCUCAAACCCGUCUUCGUUCGGAAACAGGACCGGAUCACAGUACAGGAGAAGGAGAAACAGGCGCUGAAGCAGAAACAGGCAGAGAUUGAGGCCCGGAAAAUGGCGGAGGAGCGGCGCCGAGACACGCUGAAGAUGGUGGAGUCAGACAUCCGCAAGUCGCAACAGGUUGCCACGGAGGAGGACCCGUCGAACGCCAUCGACACCGACGACGGCAACGACGAGGCCGACUACGAGCUGUGGAAGCUCCGAGAGCUGAAGCGCAUCAAACGAGACAAGGAGGAGCGAGAGGCACUGGAGAAGGAUCGUCUGGAACUGGAGCGGCUGCGGAAUAUGACCGAGGAGGAGCGGCGAGCCGAGCUGCGCAACAACCCCAAACAAAUCACCAACAAGGCGGCCAAGGGCAAGUACAAGUUCCUCCAAAAGUACUAUCACCGCGGCGCCUUCUUCAUGGACAAGGAGGAGGGCGUGUACCGUCGGGACUUCUCCGGAUCGACGCUGGAAGACCGCUUCGACAAGACGGUGCUCCCCAAAGUCAUGCAGGUCAAGAAUUUCGGCCGCAGCGGCCGGACCAAGUACACACAUCUGGUGGAGCAGGACACGACAUCGUUCGACUCGGCCUGGGCCAUGGAGACGGCGCAGAACGCAAAGUUCUUCAACGUCCAGGCCGGCGGCGUCAAACAGGUCUUCGAGAAGCCCACCCUCAAGAAGAAGAGGAAGCCCUGAGGGUCGCGCGCCGGAGGAGAGGGUAGCUGAGGACAGCGUCCGGUCGAUGGCGGUGUCAGUGGUGCGUUCAGGGCGGAGCGGCUGAUCUCAGGCCGCAGACGACGGCCCGCGCGGCCAAGGAGUCCUGUCGUCUGGCGGCCGCCAAACGGGGCUGAAUUGGAGGCAUGGCCAUGAACUCCGCAUCGAUUGCACCGUGACUACGAUCACGGUACAAAGCUCGAGUGAAUAUUGCCACGAUGCUGUCGAGUCAGUGAUUCGUGACACAUUAAACCUCCUUGGCAUCAUAAGUGUCCGUGCAGGUGUCAGUAACGCGAGGACGGUUUGAAAAUAGGAGCUGGCUCGCGGCGGAGACACCUGCGUUGGCACCGUGAAGGAUGAUGAACACGGGAAUUCUUUAGCUGGAAAUUCGAGACCGGUCGAUACGAAUGUCGUGCACUGAAUGGGUGAUGUUCGAAUUAGUGAACUGAGUGAAAUGCGGUGUUUUUAGUGUGAAAGGGAGGGUGUCACCGUUUUUGCGCUUGUCUGCGCAUGUGCGUAUGCCUGUUGUGUAUUUCAGACUCUGUAAACAAGUGAAACAAUCUAGGUGUUAGACGAACGUCAUCUCUCACCCAGCUCACUUCAUGCCAUUUGUUGACUGCGAUGUGUGUUUUCCUCAAUGAGGACGGCUUGUGUCGUGGACUGUGACUGUGCUAUGCCAUUGUGCAACAAAACCAACAAAACAUAACAGGACUGAA